AUGAUCGGUCUGACAAAUGCUAUGCGAUGGAGGAAAUCGUUUGGAGUUAAAGACCUAAAGGAAAGCGAUUUUCCAGAAGAAUACUACAGAAGCGGAUCUAUAAUCACAUACGGAAGGGAUAGAAAUGAUGCCACAGUUAUUAUAGUGAGGGCUAAUAUUCAUAAGAAGAUCCACGAAUGGUCUGAUGUCAUGAAAAAGUUUUUCAUUUAUCAAAUUGAAAAAAUUGAUUUCAAUAACGAUGGAAAAGGUGUGACACUAAUCCUAGACUGCAGUGGUAUUGGGAUUUCAAAUUUGGAUUUAGAUUUAUUGCAGUUUAUCGUCACGUCUUUCAGCAUCAUGGCUUCCAGAAGACGAUCAAAAUCAUGGCUUCCAGAAGACGAUCAAAAGUUUUUCCAUUUAACACAGAAGAAGAAUUUAAAUGAAUUUGUUUGCGAACAACAAUUACCCAAAUUUAUGGGCGGAAAUAAUCCCAAUUCCUAUCAAAUGGUCCCAAAAAGUGCGCUAAAAGCCGAGGAUUUGGUCACAAGAAUUGGACUCAAGAAAAAGGACGCACAAAAACUUAAAUUUUUAGAAAACUAUAGCAAUUAA